AUAAGAGUCUUUAGGAGACAUGGCUUGCCUGCGCUCUGUGCCAGCGAGGAGGAAUCAUACCGCUUCCAUCUGUUCUGUGCUGUUCAUUCUCUUCUUUAUACUCGGAUGCCAGCAGAGAUCUCACUGUGCAUCUGCAACCCUUCACGCUGGUCCUCAUGUAAAGCGUAAAGCUCUGCUGGAAACUCUGCGGUUACCUCACAACACAGAAUAUGAAAUCGUGGCCCCAUACGAGGUGGACCAUCAAGGGCGAUACGUUUCCCAUGCCGUGGCCCACCAUCACCGCAGGAAACGCUCCACGGAGGGUCAAGAUCACGACCUCGCUGUGCACUUCAGGCUGCGUGGAUUAGGACAGGACUUCCACCUGGACCUGCAGCCGUCAUGUGACCUGAUCGCCCCCAGCUUCACCGUACAAACCCUGGGCAGGAGCGGCACCAAGAGCCUGCAGCCUUUUCCUCAAGACAACCUCUGCUUCUACCACGGGCUGCUGAGGUCAGAGGUCAACUCAUCCGUGGCCCUGUCGACAUGUGCAGGGAUGUCAGGUUUGAUCAGAACUCAGGAUGCGGAUUACUUCUUGAAGCCACUGCACCCACAUCAGGCACUUCUGGAGAACUUCUCAGGCCCAUCUGACCACCAUCCCCACAUCUUGUACAAGAGAUUCACACCAGCACAGACAAACACAGGCAGAAGCAGGAGGUCAACUGAGCCAAAGACGGUCAGCAGAAGACAUUCGGCCGUCCCAUAUCUGUGGAGAACCACACCGACGGAUCCAGAGGAGUACCAGCGUACGCCGCACAGUCAUGACGGCACACAGCAAAGACAGCACUUCUGUGGAAGACGGAAGAAAUACAUGCCUAAACCUCCUGAGGAUGAUAUCUAUAUUUUUCCGGAUGAAUAUAAGUUCAUGCCCAGAGGGAAACGAGCCAUUAUGUUCAAAUCUCAGACGCACCAGAGGCUAAAUGUGGAGACCCUGGUGGUGGUCGACCGCAAGAUGAUGGACAAUCACGGCCAUGAGAAUAUAACCACAUAUGUCCUUACUGUUCUUAACAUGGUCUCAACACUUUUCAAAGAUGGCACGAUUGGAGGUGACAUCAAUGUUGUAAUUGUUGGACUAAUACUGCUGGAUGAAGACCAGGAUGGACUAGUGAUUAACCAUCAUGCAGAUCACACUCUGAACAGUUUCUGCCAGUGGCAGUCGGGAUUGGCCGGACGAGAAGGUCGCCGGCAUGAUCAUGCCAUCCUGCUAACCGGUCUGGAUAUCUGCUCUUGGAAGAAUGAACCAUGUGACACUCUGGGUUUUGCUCCAAUCAGUGGGAUGUGCAGUAAGUACCGCAGCUGCACGAUCAAUGAGGACACGGGUCUCGGUCUGGCCUUCACCAUCGCCCAUGAAUCUGGCCACAACUUUGGAAUGGUCCAUGAUGGCGAAGGAAACGUGUGCAAGAAGUCUGUUGGAAAUAUUAUGUCUCCAACCUUGGCGGGACACAAUGGUUUAUUCUCCUGGUCAUCCUGUAGCCGACAAUAUCUAAACCGAUUUCUAAGUACCGCACAGGCCACCUGUCUGUCUGACGAGCCCAGCGCCAUCCAGGAGUACAAGUACCCUGAGAAACUUCCCGGAGAGCUGUACGACGCCGACACGCAGUGCAAGUGGCAGUUCGGAGAGAAAGCUAAACUCUGCACUCUGGACUUCAAGAAGUGGUGUCGGCGGGGUCAGUGUGUAAAGCAGGGUGAUGAAGGUCCUAAGCCGGUUCAUGGUCAGUGGUCAUCCUGGUCUGGCUGGUCCAGCUGCUCGAGAAGCUGUGAGAGUGGAGUGACCUACAGAGAGAGACACUGCAGCAGCCCCAGGCCCAUGUAUGGCGGCAGGUUUUGCGAGGGCUCGUCUCGCUCUUAUAAACUGUGUAACACCGCUGACUGUCCUCAAAACGCCGUGGACUUCAGAGCUGCCCAGUGCGCCGAGUUCAACAACAAACCCUUCCGCGGAUGGCACUACAAGUGGAAACCCUACACACGCGUGGACGAGUACUACCGUGUGGUGACCAUACCGGCUGGAGCGCGCAGCAUCCGUGUGACGGAGCUCAACUCCUCCAGCUCUUAUCUGGCUUUGAGGAAUCUGCAGAGGAAAUAUUACCUGAAUGGACACUGGACAGUGGACUGGUCCGGACGACACUCCAUCGCUGGGGCUGUAUUCGACUACAAGAGACCCUAUAAUCGUCCGGAGAGCCUCACCUCCACUGGACCCACCAAUGAGACGCUGGUAGUUGAGGUUCUCAUGCAGGGCUGGAACCCGGGCAUUCAGUGGGAAUACACACUGUCCAAAGAGCAUACAGACCGACGCAACCAGCCCAAACACAACUACACAUGGGCCAUCGUUCGCUCGCAGUGCUCAGCCACCUGUGCAGGAGGUCAGAUGGUCAGUAAAGCAGUCUGCUACAAGGAUCUGAGGCUGCAGGUGAACACGUCUUACUGUAACUCACGGUCUCGGCCGUCCACCGGUGUGACGUCCUGUAACACACAGCCCUGUCCCGCAAGCUGGCGUGUGGAGGGCUGGGGCGUGUGCAGCCGCAGCUGCGGAUCCGGAGAGCAGAUCAGACAGGUGCGCUGUGUCCAGAAAACAGGCCCGGAGCAGGUGGACACUGUGACCGAUGAGCGGUGUGCACAACCACCGCCGUCUCACAGACAGACCUGCAACACACACAGCUGCCCACCGGUCUGGAGCGCUGGACCCUGGUCGCAGUGUUCUCGUAAAUGUGGGAAGGGAGUGAUGAAGAGAGCGGUGGCGUGUGUGAGCAGUGGCUCUUACUCUCGCGUGCUGCCGGAUGCCUCCUGUGCCGCUCUGCCCAAACCCAGCAGCCAAGAGACCUGCGUGAUCAAACGCUGCCACAAACAGCGCAAGGCCCAGUGGUUCGUCUCCACCUGGCAACCGUGUUCAGUGUCGUGUGGUAAGGGGCUUCAGCUGCGUGUCGUGAAGUGCGCAGAGAAGGACGUCGCAGGAAAGUAUAGAGAACUGUCACCCAAAAAGUGUCAGCAUGUGCCCAAACCUUCUAUGGAGCUCCAGAGAACCUGUGUCCUGUCAGACUGUCCCAUGGCCUCCCCUCACAGCAGACCAGACUGGUACUCAUCACCGUGGUCUCAGGCAGGUCUCCCUCAUCCCACACCCUUCUGA